AUGCUACAUUUCAUCUGUAGAACAAGCGCACGGAAGCCCGACGAUGAGUUGCUGGCAGACUUCAGACAGCAGUUCCCAGAGGUCUCGACCGGCGUCACGGAGCCUACCGCUCCAGCCGUUUCUCAGACAACAACCGCCGUCUUUCAGCCUGUUAUCAAUGCACCAGUUCAUGAGAGAGUACAUAUCGAGAAUGAGGCCUUUCGAGACAUGGACCCGACGCCUCGAGCUGUCAACGACCCUUGGCGAUUCACACCCUCACUCUUGGACGCUAACGCCUUUUCCUUCAAUCCCCUUACACCAGGCGUUAACAGUGCUCAAGCGACUUACUAUCCUCCUACGCCUGGAGGAUCGGGCACCUUGCUUCCGCCUCAAGCGGUAGAGAUGCAUCACCCUCCCGGCAUGGCGAUGACCACCGGUUUGGAGACACCCUUGUCGGUCCCGACGACGCUCGACAUUAUCCAGCCAAGCGUUGAAGUUCCCAACAUGGCGGGCUUCCCUGCAACUGCGAUGGAAGGCCUCCCAAUUGCUACUUAUGAUCCUUUUGCUCAGGCACCGCCACCUCAUGGAGCAUACGUGUCGACCGAGUUCUUACAUCACGAUACGGGUUACGAGACGAUGGACCAUGAUGGAUCUCCGAUGGAUUCAGACCCGUCAGAAGAGCGUAUGCCGACAAUCGCCUCUGCACUACACCCGCAGCAGCUCAUCGGCGCCCAUAUGGUUCACCCCUCUGCCGAGAAAUUUCGAUUCCACGCAACGCUGAAUGCUCCAACAGCCAUGGUGAAGCACGCCGCCGAGAUCCCCGUGACUUACCUGAACAAGGGACAGGCCUAUACCUUAUCCAUCAUGGACACUGGCGUUACGCUUCCUGUCAGCCCGGGGACCAAAUAUAGGACUUACGUGCGCAUAUCCUUCGAAGACGAGCAACAGCGACAGAAACCGGGCGUUUGCUGGAGUUUAUGGAAGGAAGGUAGAGGGACAAACGAGGCUCAUCAAAGAGGUGGUCGUUUACAAGCGGUUGAGUAUGUCGAGGCUGGGCAGCCCGCCGAAGGUGACGACAAAAGAACCCGGGUGGAGUUGGAGUCAUCGUCAUUCGACGGAUUUUCCGUGAUAUGGACACCGGGUGCAAAUGGCGCCGCCGAGGCCAAUAUUCCUGUCCGCUUCAACUUUCUCUCCACUGAUUUCAGCCACUCGAAGGGAGUCAAGGGUAUUCCUGUACGACUUUGUGCCAAGACCGGCGUCUUUGCCUCGGACCAGCUACCAUCACCCCCGGACGCAGCCCCCGAGACAUGCUACUGCAAAGUCAAGCUCUUCAGGGAUCAUGGAGCCGAGCGAAAGCUCUCCAACGAUGUUGCCCACGUGAAGAAGUCGAUCGACAAGCUCAAGCAGCAAAUUGCACAAGCCGAGAGCGGGCUAAAGGAUUUCAAACGAAAGAGGUCGAGUGGAAUAAGCAAGGCAGGGCUGCCCGGCAAGCAAAAGCACAAGAGAACCUGGUCAAUGUCCUCGACCAGCUCUGCUGGUGGUACGGCUCCGCGCAUGACGUUGGAAGAAGAUUUACACUACAAGCUGCAGACACUUCAGGAUAUGUUCACGAGCACAAGACCCGUGAGCGUCUUGUAUCUGCGGGGCGAAGAACUCGACGAUCCCGAUUUGCAUCCCGUAUCCCUUCAGGGCGACGGGAUAUCAGGCAAGGGUGACUUUUUGCGCGAAGGCAGCAACUGGCCGGCACGGAGCACACACAGCUCCGUUGCUGGCUCCUUGGUGUCUCCCUCUCCGAGCUCACUCUCUCUGGCGUCCCAAACAUCGGCCAUCGGACCCGGACUACACUGGCAAAAUUUCGAUUCGACCACCGUCAAGAGGCUUGAAAAUCCCACCACGAUCAGCAAGACUGAAGACGACGGGACUCUGACUGGCUGGAUUGAGGCUCUCGGCGUCGACCCAACCUACCGGCCUCCGCCUGAGAGACCCACGAAACCGGUCGCAUGCUUCUACGUUGCUUAUGCUGGAAAGGCGGAGGCCGGAAAAAAGGAGUACCACAGGGCCAUCUAUCUUUCUUCGCGCACGCUCCGGGAAUUCAACGGCCGAAUCGCCGCCAAGUGGGGACUCGACGCUUCGCGCAUUGUCCGGACGAUUCAUGUCACCAAGACCGGUAUCGAGGUCGAGAUGGACGACGAUGUCAUUCAGGAGCUAAGAGAGGGCCAGGACAUGCAGCUGGAGAUUGACGACGUAUUGGACCAAACCAUCAUCAAACGAGACUGGGAGAUGUCUGUCGACGAUGCACCCGAGCCUCCCGCCGCCAUCCCGGCAGGUCUGACUCUUCGGCUCAUCUUCUAG